AUGCCUGAGACGUCUACCCCCGCCGCCCCUACCACCCUCGAUGUCGAGAUGACUCCUUCACCCUCCUCUGUCGGAAAUUCAUUUAUGCGACAGUACUACCACUUUUUAGCCAAGGAGCCGCAGAGUAUGCAUCGCUUCUAUAAGGCCGAAAGUCGGUGGUGUCAUGGCGUUGGAUCGCAUAUGGAGGAACCCAUUGCUGGUCAGCGUGCCAUUAAUGAACAGAUUCUUAAGCGUGGUUACGCUGGAGCGCGUGUCGAUUUAGAUGCUGGAUCUAUUGACUGUCAAAACUCGCAAGGAAAUGGUGUGCUUGUGUUAGUUACUGGUGUCAUGGUGCUACGCGAAAGCCCAACUCCUAAGCCUUUUGUGCAAACCUUCUUCUUGGCUGUGCAACCCAAAGGAUAUUUUGUUUUGAAUGAUUGUCUUCGUUUUCUUGAACUACCUGGCGUGUCAUCUGUCGAAGUUGCAUUAGAUGUGGCGGCGAAUGGCAUUAAGACGACAUUGCCUCCAUCUCCUGUCAAGAAACUUCAAAAGGAGACGCCUGCAUCUGUCUCUCCUACUUUAAAUUCACCUAUCGACAACAAUAGUAUAGGAGCCAAGACAGAGGUGGUUGCACCCGUAUCACCUGUCAAAGCUACUGCCACCGUUGCGUCGACGCCUAACACGAGAACGACAAAAACUGAAGACUCACCGGCUCCAGUUGUUAGGACACCUUCACCGGUGAAAUCGCCGCAAAAGCAGGACAAGACACCAGUUGCUGCUACGUCACCCAAUAGUGUUGUCGAGCCGGUUGCUGCACCAUCUGAUCCGGUGGUACCGGUCACUACAGAGCCUGAAAAACCCAAGUCAUGGGCUGCAUUGUUUUCGGCCUCAAAUGCUCCAGCAACAAAUGCAUCCUCUGUUGGAACUGCCUCGGCUCCGACGAAACCAGCGACUCCCGAGGUCGGAAUUCCAGUUUCUCCGUCUGUCGCUGUCUCUACGACGACAGUCUUGCCAUCGGCAGAAGAGUCACCAAAGAACAAAUCUGGCACCGGAAAGGAGAAAGACCACAAGCGUUUCCACAGUCUAUUUAUUCGAGACGUGCCUCCACAAACGCGCGAAAAUGAUUUGCGAGAUUUGUUUAAAGGGUACGGCUCGAUCGCUGGAGUGAGUGUUGUGGCCCAGCGGGGCUUUGCUUUUGUCGACUAUUACGAACAGGAGAGUAUGCGCGCUGCUCUCGCUGAGACUACUGAGUUUAAAAUUAAUGAUAAGGUGCUUCAGGUGGGUGAACGUGCUGAAAGAAAGGAAAACCAGCGUGGUAGUUUCCGUAACAAUGACUCGCGUGGUCGUGGAAGAGGUGGAUUAUCUAAAGGCGGUCGUGGCGAACGAAAGGAGCGAAGUGGUGACGAGACUUCCUUUGCUAACAAAGGCGAACGACGCGAUUUUCCGCGUCGUGAAAAGUCUGGCAACCGCCGUGGUGGCAAAGUGGACGCAACUUUGAACCGGGUAGAGUAG